CACACACACACACACACACACACACACACACACACACACACACAGAGCUCUGUUCUAAUCCUCUGUCCGGCCACGACGGAAAAACCUCUCCUCAUCUUAUCACUCCGCUACCUCCCUCUGUCUAUUCUCUCCUCUCCCUCGUCCUCCCUCUCUUUCUCUCUUUAUCUCCCUCUCCCUCCCUCUCUCCCUCUCUCCCUCCGUCCCUCCCCUGUCAGUGGUACUUCAUUGAAGUAGACAGCAGAGAGAUGAAAGAGAAGAACCCCUGGCACAAGCCCGUGACCAUCAUCAUCACUGUGAUUGGUGUCAUAGCGAUUGUUGCCUUGGUGACAGUAGCGGUUUUGCAGAACAGGCCCCUCCCCCAAAAGUACAAGUAUGGGAUUGUGUUGGAUGCUGGUUCCUCCCACACAGCUCUGUAUAUCUAUGAGUGGCCAGCGGAAAAGGAUAACAACACUGGAAGAGUUGAACAGACACAUUCCUGCAAAGUCAAAGGUCCAGGCAUCUCCAGCUAUGCGCACGAUCCAUUGAAGGCGGGGGAGUCGCUGAGAGUGUGUAUGCAGGAGGCCGAGCAGUGGGUCCCAGGGAAAAGACACCAAGAGACCCCCCUUUAUCUGGGCGCUACUGCAGGAAUGAGACUGCUGAAUAAAGAGAACAGUUCUGCAUCAGACGAAGUCUUAAAGGCUGUGGAGAGUGCCCUGCAGAAGUUCCCCUUUUCCUAUCAGGGAGCCAGAAUACUCAGUGGCCAGGAGGAGGGUGCCUUCGGUUGGGUCACGGUCAACUACUUGGACGACCGCCUCACACAGGGCUUGGACACCACAGGUGCUCUUGACCUUGGAGGGGCCUCCACUCAGAUUAGCUUUGUAUCUGACAAAUUUGACGGUUCAGAGUCACCGAACAACUCAGUGACCUUCCGACUCUAUGGAAAUGAUUAUAACCUGUACACUCACAGCUUCCUGUGUUACGGGAAAGACCAAGCACUACGUUUGACACUGGCACAACAGACUCAGUCAGGUCAAGCAAGCAUAUUAGAUCCUUGUUUCAACCCUGGCUACACUGCAGUGAAGAACUACUCAGUCCUCUAUGACAGUCCUUGUGUGUCAGAACGAAAACCCCAGACAGCUCCAGCAGCCUUCAAUCAAACGGGCAAAGGAAACUUCAAAGAAUGCCAGGAAGUCAUCAAAAGCAUCUUCAACUUUACCCACUGCAAAUACAGCCAGUGCUCAUUCAACGGGGUCUUCCAGCCACUACUGCAAGGGCCAUUUGGGGCUUUCUCUGCUUACUACUUUGUGAUGAACUUCCUCAAUCUCACUGAUACAUCUAUUCCCCUGAAAACUGUCGAGGAUAAGCUAAAAAGCUUCUGCUCAACUCCUUGGAAUCAGAUAAUGCAGCAGCAUCCAGGGGUUAAAGUGAAGUAUCUGGCUGAGUACUGUUUCUCCGGCACGUACAUACUCACCCUGCUGACAGAGGGAUACAAGUUUGACCAGACGAGCUACUCCAACAUAAAAUUCAUUAAAAAGAUAAAAGGCAGUGACGCAGGCUGGACGCUGGGCUACAUGUUGAACCUGACCAACAUGAUUCCGGCCGAGGCUCCCGACUCUCCCCCACUACCCCAUGCCGGCUACGUCUCCAUAGUCACCAUCAUGGCGGUGCUGCUCUUCAUCCUUUUCAUCGUCAGCCUGCGUCCUCUCUGGCCCCGCUGCUCCAAACAGCCACAGAUCGUAUAAACACACGCACAGAUGUACAGCAUGAGUGACGGCGGAGGGAGGAGGGCUUGUAUGUGAGUGUGAUGGUGUACGCAGCUCUACUGAUAUGCGAACAACACUUUUCCAGCCUUUGUGGGGAGGUCAAAGGUUAAGGUCUGCUGCACAACAACCGUCCUGCGGCUCAUGUUGAUUCAAGGACAUUUUCAGAAGGGACAAAUACUUUCUCACACUGGGGAGUGAGUACUGCCACUGUACAUUGAAGGACUGUGUGUGUGUGUGUGUGUGUGUGUGUGUGUGUGUGUGUGUGUGUGUGUGUGUGUGUGUGUGUGUGUGCGUGUGUGCGCGUUUGAGUAUGAGUGUGUGAUUUUUGAAUGUGUGCACCCGCAUCAGUCUGCAUGUUUGUGUCUCGAAUUACAAUGUGAAUAUGACACUGUAUAAAAUAAAAUAAUCCAAGUUUAUGUAA